UCGCAGCAUCACGAGAUCCUUUGAAUCUUCAAAGUUGUUUAUAAACUUUGUUAACUAACCGUAUUUUCUUACAUGUAACGGUUUUCGCAAGCGCUUGAAUUUUAAAAAUAAAAAUUAUUGCCAGUCGGUAAAACCGGAAAUUUUAUAAAUAGAAAAUAUUUAUUUGACCCUUGUUUUACCCGGCAGAAGUGGUACGGAAGUCUCGGGAUUCCGACUGUCUAAUUAAAACAUAGCAUUGCGAUGACUGGUAAUCAUUAAUUGGUUGCCUAAUUAUGCCGGUUGUUAUGCUGAAGGAAAAUAUUGAUCAAAUGAAUGACUGAACCACAAAAAUUAUCAGCCAUGCUCCUUCUCAACACCUCCGAACCCUCCACCUACGAAGAGUCCAUCCGCGAGCUGGGCUUCAACGUGUACAGCUGGGCCAUCCAGGUCGUGGUGCUCUUUGUCCUCUUCAUUUUCGGCUUCAUCGGCAACAUCACCGUCUUCAUCCUCCUCCUGCGCCGCAAACUGGCCAUCAGCUCCACCAUCCGCCAUCUGAUCCUCAACCUGGUGAUGGCCGAUCUGUUCGUGGUGAACUUUUGCAUCUUGACCCUGGCCAUCUGGCACUACACUGUGGAAUGGCUGGCCGGAGAUUUCGUGUGCCGGUUGUCCAAGUUUAUGCAGAUGUUCUCCCUGUACGCCAGUACCUUCAUCAUCGUGGUGAUCAGUAUUGACCGGUGUAUGGCGGUGGUGGCGCCCAUCAGCCGGCUGAAGGUGGAUAAAUACGGCCGGCGCAAUAGCCAUAAGAUGGUGGUGGGGGCGUGGAUGUUAGCGGGACUGUUCAGUGUGCCACAGGCCAUUAUCUUCAAAGUCCAGCAGGCUCCGACGGAAAUUGUCUUCUACCAGUGUGUGACAUUCGGCUCGUACACGGAAACCUGGCAGGAGCCGCUGUAUACGUCCUUCACGCUGUGUGUCAACUUCCUCUUCCCCUUUGUCAUUAUCAUUACGUGCUACACGCUGAUCCUGCAUCGGCUGUCCACCAGCCAGCGCAGCCAGACCGGAAACGGGGGGCUGCAGGCGGAUCAUCAGCAUUCCCAUCAGCAGUUGUUCUCGCAGCUGUCCGCGCCCGAUGAUCACCGGAAACAAUCAGUGCCCUGCUACAGUUACGUGAUGGAGAAGAGCCCCUUCCCAUCAGCUCACCAUCACCAGUGGAACUACAAUAUCUCGCAGCGCUCCGCUAAACUGCGCAAAGCCCGCGCCACCUCCCUGUGUUUAUCCGUGCUAAUCGUAUUGACCUUUGUCAUUUGUUGGGGGCCGUAUUACGUGCGGAUGGUCGGCUCGUUCAUCUGGGAGGCGGCCACCGAUGAGAAUGUGGAUAAUGUCGUCUUUUUCUUUGGGAUGAGCAAUUCGGUGAUCAACCCCCUAAUCUACGGUGCGUUCCAUGUAAUGGGGCGGCGCGGAUGGCGUGCCGGCAGCGGGCGUAGAUCGGUGCUGCUGUCCAAGCAUAGAUCGCACAGCACCACUACGCCGCUGCGGUGGGCGGCGCGCGCCCCACCCGCCGCCCGCUUCUCACUACUGCAGCGUCUGCAUUGUCCUGACGCCGGUCUUUCUCUGCACUACAGCCACGCCGCGGCUCUUCCGGCUGUGCAGCAGCAGCGGCCCCUCCGCGCCCACCCUCGUCACGCCGCCGCCGCCGCGGCCCCGCCGGCUCCUUUCCCUCUGAUACAGCUGCGCCGCAAUCCCCUCCCGGAACUGCGCCCCAUCUACAAGGAGGCGCUGCGCCCCCUGGAGACCGGCUGCUGCUUGACCAAGGAGAAAUCCUCCAGUCCGCCGGCCAACUGAAAGGUCACCAAAAGUCCUAAUGCCGGCAUCCAGAAACCGGCCCUGGAAAACGGAGCAAAGCUCCCGGAAAAUAUAUUCGAUGACAUUGACGGCUGUCAAGUAUUUCCAACAAUUCCCUUUCGGCGCGGGAAAGACCACCAACCGGAAAUCCAGAAAUUUUCAUCGCCACCGGCAUUUGAAAAUUAACCAAAUACUCCAUAAAAUGGACUUAUCUGUAAACUGCGCAAAAGCCAUACCCGAUGCCGGCUUCGAGAAUAACAAUCCCGCUUUCUCUCGCAGCUAACCGGAAGUCCAGACUUCAAGAUUUUUAUCUGCCGGCAUCCAGAAAUUUCAAAAACUGAGCGAAAGUUUUAGUGAACAUAUAUAUCCGUUGCCGGCUUCAAAAAUAAUAACGGCGCUCCGUUUGGAUGACGGGAUGCCAGCCCACCGGAAGUCCCGAACCCUGGAUUUAUCUCAACUGGCGAAACUGACCACCAAAGCAAAAACGGAGAGAAAAUCGUUCUACAUAUUUCCGAUGCCGGUUUCGAGAAUUAUUCACCGAAUUCCUUUACAACAACUUUAGAAAAACCCACCGGAAGUCCCAAAUCUCGAAAUCUGGCCAGCUUGCGACUGGCAUGCACAAUCAAUAAAAGACCAGAAAAAUCAGGCAACAACUGCAGUGAAAAUACCCGGUGCCGGAUGCGAGAACAUUAACCGAAUCCUUUUCCCCGCAAUUCCAAAUGUCUUCCUCAACGCCAUACCAUUUUUUGGGGGAAAAUAAUAUCACUAUCUGAUAAUUUGUUUCCAUUGAAACGCUACUUUCCUGUUAUUUUUAUACAUUUUAUACAGGCUGUAUUUUCCGUUUAAAAUAUAAGUAUUAAUUUUUCUGGCUGCCGUAUGUAUCCGCUUCAUAAUGUAAAAAGUAAAAACUGUUCGCCGUUGGCAGAAAGAAGAGCGGCUAUUUUUUGCUCCAUAAAUCGGUUUUUAAUGGUUGUCCCGCGCAAU